UUUUUAAAAAUUUUUUACAAUAAAUAAAACAUCAAACUAUUCAAGUGAUAUAUACCGAGUAUAUACCCCGCGGUAUAUAUAUCAUACAUAACUAUCACUACAGUUAUGUAUGGUUUACGCAACGGUUAUUGUUGUCUGUUAAAGACAACAACAUCCAGUGUCAUCAAAAAAUGUUUGCGACUAAACUCGACCUAUGAUUUCGAUGUCAUUGUCAUUGGCGGCGGUCAUGCAGGUGUUGAGGCCGUGAGUGCGGCGUCUCGUAUGAACACAAAUGUAUUAUUAGUGACACAUAAGACACAAACUAUUGGUGAAAUGUCUUGUAAUCCGGCAUUUGGUGGUAUCGGCAAAGGACACCUCAUGAGAGAGAUCGAUGCCAUGGAUGGCAUUUGUGGCAAAAUAUGCGAUCUUUCCGGAAUUCAAUACAAAAUAUUAAACAGAAGUAAAGGACCGGCUGUUUGGGGAUGGCGGGCACAGAUAGAUAGAUCCCUAUAUAGGAAAUGGAUGCAAAAUGAGAUAUUGCAAAAUACACCGAAUCUUACUGUCAAAUGUUGUUCGGUUGAAGACUUGAUUUUAGAUAAAAAUGGAGACAAACUUCAAUGUCAUGGCAUUAUCACAAGCGAUGGACAGCAUAUAAGAGGUCGCACAGUAGUACUGGCAACGGGAACCUUCCUGAGAGGUCUUAUUAAUAUAGGAUUAGAUUCAUAUCCAGCCGGAAGAAUAGGCGAUGAGCCGGCAAUAGGUUUGGCCAAUACACUGGAAUCGGUAGGCUUUCAAAUGGGACGACUGAAAACAGGAACUCCUCCAAGAAUCGAUAAGAAUAGUAUUGAUUAUAGUAAUUUAGUGGCAACUAAUGGCGAUAAACCUCCCAUUCCCUUCUCAUUCAUGAAUGAUCGCGUAUGGAUAGAGGAGGACAAACAAAUAGAUACUUGGCUUACAUUUACUGAUGAAAGAGUGACAGAUCUAAUCACGCAAAACAUUCAUUUGUCACGACAUGUCAGAGAAGAGGUCAGAGGUCCUCGUUAUUGUCCAUCUAUUGAGUCGAAAAUUUUGAAAUUCAAACACAAGAGUCACCAGAUAUGGCUCGAACCGGAAGGUCUCGACUCGGAUGUCAUAUAUCCGAAUGGCAUCUCAUGUACUCUUCCGGAAUCAAUACAACAACAAGUGAUUAAUUUGAUUCCCGGUCUCGAAAGGGCCCGAAUGUUAAGGCCGGGCUAUGGUGUUGAAUACGAUCACAUUGAUCCGCGACAACUCAAACAAACAUUGGAAACUUCUCUAAUAGAUAAUCUGUUUAUGUCGGGACAGAUAAACGGUACAACCGGUUAUGAAGAAGCUGCCGCUCAGGGAAUAGUGGCCGGUAUUAAUGCUGCGGCUAAAUGUCUUGGCAAAGAUCCACUGAUUAUAAGUCGUACCGAUGGCUACAUUGGUGUACUAAUCGAUGAUUUGACAACAAUGGGAACCGACGAACCGUAUCGGAUGUUUACGAGUAGGUCUGAGUUUAGACUUAGGCUCAGACCCGACAACGCGGACAUACGGUUCACUCAAAGAGGUUAUGAAAUGGGAUUUGUUUCGCAACAAAGAUAUGACCGGUUUUGUCAAACGAGACAAAUCAUUGACGAAAGUAAAGAGUUUUUACAAUCAAUUAGCAAACCAUUGUCUAAAUGGAGACAAGAGUUGGGUAUUAAUUUGGAUAAUAACCGAAACAAUUCGCUUAAGACAGCUUUUCAAGUGUUGGCACUCAACGAGUUUUCAGUCAAUCAAUUGGUUAAAUUGUUUGCAAAACAAUUGUCACCAAUUGAUUGCAAUCACAUCUUAAGCUAUCGUCUUAAAUCUGAAGCUCUUUACGAUCACUACGAACGAGAAGAGCAACACUUAGCCGAAGAAAUUAAGAGCGAAGAGUCGCUUGAGAUUAGUCCGCAAUUUGAUUACAUGAACGACGAACUGGUCUUAAGCAACGAAGUCAGAGAUGUCUUACACAGAAAUAAACCCAAAACGAUAUUUGCGGCCAAACGCUUGCCAGGAGUGACACCGGCGGCGAUCGUAUCGCUCGUCUACUAUAUGAGACGUCACUGUCCGACGAUGACGACGACGACAACAACGUCUGCACUUAGUUAUUGAUAAACAACUGGAAGCCCAUCCACGACAACAACAUGAAGAAUAGUGUUACCGGAAUAGAGAUGGGAAUCAAUAGCAAGUAAUAGAUGAGCGACUCGUCCAUCACAUCAUCAUAUGAUUACCACAAAUGUUAUAAUAAUAUUAUAAUAAACACAACACUUGUAUUGAAUGCAUGCAAUA